AAGUACCUAACCUUAAACACAAAUAACAAAAGCCGUCAAAUCAUCGUCCAAACAUUUUGCAGGUCGUAGCGACUGAUUUAUAAAUUAAGUUGUAUCACACAUAAGUUUGUUAAAUAAAUACACAGAAUGAGCUCAAUAGGCACAGGUUACGAUUUGUCAGCGUCUCAAUUUUCUCCCGAUGGACGAGUAUUUCAGAUUGACUACGCAAGCAAGGCACUUGAACGAAGUGGUACCGUUAUCGGUUUAAGAGGCAAAGAUUGUGUUGUACUUGCCGCAGAAAAACUUAUUACCAGCAAACUAUAUGAGGAUAAUUCAGGCGGACGAGUAUAUACCAUUGAUCAAAAUAUUGGGUGUGUUUUUGCUGGUUUGUUAGCUGAUGGACGUCAAUUGGUCGAAAUAGCUAGAUCAGAAGCUAAACGGUAUAGAAAUAAUUUAAAUCGCACUAUACCGCUCAAAGAGUUAGUUGAACGCGUUGCAGCUUAUAUGCAUGCAUACACACUUUAUAGUGCUGUUCGUCCAUUUGGAGUUUCAGUUAUUUUUGCUGCUUAUGACGAUUUGCAUGGACCACAAUUGUAUAAAAUAGAACCAGCUGGUACCUCAUUUGGUUACUUAGCUUGUGCUACUGGUAAAGCAAAGCAACAAGCAAAAACCGAAAUGGAAAAGUAUACAUUUAAAGAUAUGUCUACGGAGGAUUUGAUCAUACAUGCCGGCAAAAUCAUAUACCAAGUGCACGAUGAACUGAAGGAUAAGGAUUUCGUUUUUGAACUUGGUGUAGUAGGUAAGGAAACAAACUCGUUGCAUACUCUUAAUCCGCCGAAAUGGGUGCUUCUAGCUGAAGAAGCUGGCAAAGCAGCUAAAAGCGAAGAUGAUAGUGAUAAUGAAAUUUAAAAUAUUAACUUUAACUAAACUUAUAAUUUUAAUUUGGUUAUAUGAUUUCACAAAUCGCUUUUAUAAAUUUAAAUGGUAUAAUAAAAAUGUAUUGUGAACGAUAUUCACAAUUUA